UCCUAGUGCCGGGAGUUACCGCUUUUACGCACUUUACUACACAAGUACACAGCGAGAACAUAUCAAGACUAGAAAAUUUCUCAUUCACAAGUCAGAAACUCGACGUGACGGCCUGUUGGAACUUUUCACAUAUUUGCUCGUGAAAAGCGCGGGAAAAAUAUUCGAUAUCUACACACUACAGACGUAUUUGCAAAAUUCUAGUGUUUUUUUUAUAUUUCUUUACCUUUGUGGAGGUCAAGGUGCAGUUUAAUAUUAGAUGUUGGGCAUAGUGCCAGUAUGUUAGUAAACAGUGCGAUUUAAAAAUAAUGACAAUUGUAUACCAGUGAUAUCAAAUAUAAUUGAUAAAAAAACAGUCGAUAUUAAAGAGGUUUUUGUGAAGGUGUAAAAUUUAAAACAAACUAUAGUAAGAAAAACAAGGAAGUCUAAUCGUAUCUCUGUGUUUCGUAUCUCAUGAGUAAAUUGAAUUAGAGUAGUUAUGAAGUUAGUAAAAUGAGCGUCGAUAUGAAAUCAUCAGCCCAGGAGGGGUCAAGUCAAAUUCAGAACGUCCCUGACAGGAAUGUAACAAGAUCAAGGGCUCCAAAACAAACUCUAGAGGCAAGACUAUGGGAUUUAUUGCAGCCCCUGGCGAGGCUAUGGGGCAUAAUUACAGCCGUAGUGAUGAGCGGUGCUGGGGCAGAGCUUACGGUACUGGAGUAUGAUGUAGCACCGGCUUUGAUAGCCGGAGCGGCGUUAGUAUUAAUUAUGGAGACUAUGUGGGUGAUUGCUCUCUUUGUGGACUUGCUGGCUCGUCGUGGGGAGUACACACUUGGUUUGAGAUGCUGGGACUUCUUCAGAUGGUGCUGUGGUAGGGCGCGAGCGCCAUUCUAUGCUUGCGUGGCAACUGCUCUGCUCUUUGCCAAUCUCACACUACUUGCGACAGUAUCGGGUGGAAUGUUAUUAGUACUAGCCGCCCUACGAGCAGCAGUGCCCUUCUCGCCUUACGCUCGCCAAGGGCCUCAUUCACCAAGGGCGGGCAGUUCCUUGCUGAGCCAACAUGAGAAUCUACCAGACGUCUACUAUAACGCAGCUACUGGUAAUGAUGAAAGAUGCGAAGAAAUGACAGUUUUAAAUGUACAAUCUCCGAAGAAAUCACGUUCUGUUUCACCGAAACCGAAGCUUUUGGAAAUAUAAAACGUAUUUUAAAUUGUCACUUGAAUGUAUUUUAUUAUCAAAGUGAUUUAAAUAUCAUUGGUAUAUAUCAAAGGCAUAUUUCUUUACGGCCUCAUUAAAAUACUAUUACAUGUAAACAAAAUGGUAACCAUAGUAACCGAAAUCAUACCCUUUUUACAAGGUCAUUAAGAUUUAAUAUUGUUCUAUUACUAAAAUAGGUAGGUAGCCUUUGCACAGUUUGUUGUGUUGAUUUAUUGAUCCAGAUUGAGGAAUUUGAUCAGUUCAAUGCAACCACCAUAUAAAUAUAAUACGUAGCUUUGACCGACCACAAUUAAAAUUAAAGUUAUACAUAUUCAGAAGUAAUUUAUUAAGAACUUUACUGUAAGUAAGAUCUAGAACUACUUUGUAUACUUAUAUAAAACUAGAUACUUAAAAAUAAUUAUUAGUUAAAUAUCGAAUAAGAAACUGUGAUAGUUUGUGUAAGUGUUCGUGUGUUUCAUUUGUUAAUAAAUAGUAAAUAACAA